AAGCAAACACUCCAUCUGGUCUACCGGGUGUGAACACGCACCAACUAAAACCUUUCUAUAUAUUGCCGUCUGAAAGGACGUUAAAGCCUCGUUGUCAACAUGAGGAAUACUCUGAUAUUGUUCGCAUGUCUGUUUGCUUUCGCCAAGGCCCGCAAUGUACCCGUCACGGGUGCCUGGGAAGAAUGGGACCAUGAUGCACCAAUCAUUCCCAAACGUGUCUGCGAAGAAGAUUUUUUUGGACUGACGAUAGUCAAGUGCUGUGAAGGCUGGGCGGAUUUGGAAAUCGGAUGCCAUACUCCUGUCUGCAGUGUUGCAUGCGAGAAUGGUGGUACCUGCAUGGCACCAGAUACCUGCCAGUGCCUUCCUGAAUUCUCAGGACCCACAUGCUCAGAUUUUGAUAAGGAUGAAUAUUGUUGGACCCAGUGGAACACUCUCGACGUGCCAUCUUCUGGACUCGGUGACUUCGAGAACAUCAUUGAACAUCGUGAACAGACUAAGAUCUGUCAAGACAGCAACCCCGUUGCCAUUGACUGCCGCACCACUGGUGGUAUCUCCUGGAUGGAGGUUUCACAGAAGGUCUCGUGUGAUCUGGAACGUGGGUUUGAGUGCCUGCACGCUCACCAGAAGAGCGGUACCUGCGAAGACUACGAAGUGCGUUUCCUGUGCUCCUGUGGGCCAAAAUUAAAUGGAAAAGGCAAACAAGACAAAGAGCAGCCAAAACCUGAAGAUGUCCCACCAACUGCUUCACCACCAACAGUUGAAAACAAAACAUGUUCCAUUGGAAACACAUCAGUCAACGCUGGCAUGAAUAUGGAAUUCGGAUGCCGCAUUUGCAACUGCUCCAGUGAGGGAACAUGGCUUUGCAGCACAAACUCAACAUGCAUGAUAAACGAAACAUACACUCCUGGAGUUUGCACAGUAAACACAACUACAAUCCUCCUUGAAUCGGACAUCACAACCGUCGACUGCAAUAUAUGUAUGUGCACAAAAAACAGCUCUCUGGCAUGCACCAAGAUGAUCUGUCCAGCAAAGAGUGACGUAGCCUUGACCUUGACCUCAACACGCUGCUAUGAUAAUGAUGGCCAGUUCUAUGAAGAGAACACGAUGCGACAGAGGGACUGUAACGUUUGUAUAUGCACACAAGGCAAGUGGGAUUGUACACGUAUUGAUUGUCUAAAAGAUCACUUUGAGGUGCAGAUUGUACGCAAGGUCUGUACUGAUGUCAGAGGCAAAGCUUACCGUCAUGGCGCCACCCUUGUCAAGGACUGCAACGCAUGGAUAUGUUCUGAUGGUGAAUGGGCAAGUACUCGCCGCUACUGUUCACCAGUCACCUACCCCAACAGCACCUGUUUGGACACCAACACCAGCAGCAUCUUGACCAAUGGACAAACCAUUCGACGUGGAUGCAAUGUCUGUGUUUGCAACAGUGGAAACUUGACUUGCACUUCAGAACAAUGCCCAACAGAGGUUUCUGGCAUCUGUCUCACUCAUCUCUACCGUUAUCUUUUCAACAACAAGACUGAUGUGAAGCUAUACAAACCAGUAUGUAACUCCACAAAUGGCCUUUACCAACCAGUGCAGUGCAGGGGAAAGAAAUGCUUCUGUGUAGAUCCGUUUGGUCGCUACAUUCCCAGAACAUACGUCUACGGAAAGACUCCUAACUGUUCAGCUUAUAUAUACAACAUCACCGAACCACCAAUGACAACCGAGAUUGAGCUAAUGUCAGAAGAACCAACUUUAUACAAUAAAACAACCAACUAUACCUGUAGCCAGAUGUUACUGAAGUCUGUGGUGAAGCCAAUGAUACCACGACCUACGUGUCUGCCUGAUGGAUCGUACGCUCCGACCCAGUGCGACCGCAGGCUGGAGGUGUGCUAUUGCGUGUUCAGCAAUGGGACGUACAUCAACGGUACACUAAUGCACAUCAGCAGGGGAACUCCAUUCUGCAGGAGAUUGAGACCAGAAGUUGAGGUCUCCUAUCCAGAAUUAUCCACAUGCAACCUCAAAGCUGCCAUCGCUGAGAAGCUCAACCUGCCGUACAAACCAACAUGUAACGUCAAUGGAAGCUUUGAAGCUCUCCAGUGCAACCUCAUCACACGUGUUUGCUUCUGUGUUGAUGACUUUGGUGACAUCAUCCCCGACACCAUCACCAACCGUGCUGACGUUCAAAGAUCAUCAUGUGAUAGGUUCCGAACAGAGGAAUGGAGGCGGCAGAUGAAUUCAAGACGUCGCCCGAUAGCCCGCAUUGUCACCGAUAUCGUCGAUGUUGACCAAUUCCCAGAGAAUGAAACGAUGCAGAAGGAAAUUCAUCUCCCAUCAUACAUCACCUCAGAUAUCAUCUAUAACGAGAAGUUCCCAGAGAGUAUGCCAGCAUGCCUGAGACAGCGCGAGAUUUCCCGCACCAUGUUGACUAUCUACGAGCCAACGUGUAGAGUCAACGGUACAUUCGAGCCACGCCAGUGCCCCACUGGAUCCGGCAUCUGCUUCUGCGUCGAUGUCACAGGAACAGUUGUCGUCAACACGACUUCGAGUAGACUGGUCCCACCAACCUGCGAUAUGUACAAUAAUGUGUCACUGUUUAGCCUGAAUGUGACCACCAACAGCACACUCUACGGAAUACUGCCCACUGACUGCGGGGACAACUGUCCAGUCAUUGGAGUUCAAGUCAACACUACCCUCAACCAGACACUCCCACUCAACAACACCAACAUCACUGUUUCAGCUUGUGCUCAUCAACAGAUUAUCUCCAGCAUUGUUCCAGGUGUGUUCCGACCCACUUGCAAUGCCAAUGGAACCUUCUCCCCUCUCCAGUGCCAGCCCCAGUCCGGUAUCUGCUACUGCGUUGACACCAAUGGCGUUCGCAUCAAGAAUACCGAAGCCAAGAUCUACAAGCAGCGUCUACCAAUCUGCGAAAAGUAUUGGAAUUUUACUUUGGAUGUUGUCACCAACAUAACCUCUGCCUACCCAUUGGAUAUGCAGAUGAUAAACACUGUUAACCCCUUCAACUUAACCACCUUGAUGGAUCUCUCCAAGUUCAAGUUCAACUUCACCAGCCUCUUCAACCAGACUACUCUCGCCAAGCUGAACAACUCCGAAUGGAACAUGACACUACACUCCCUCAUGUUCAACGCUUCCCAGUGGAACACAAGCUUGUACAACGAAACCGUCCUUUCCACGAUGAUGAACAUCUCCAUUUGGAAUACGACCGUAUUUGAAGGCAUGUUCAACUCAUCCAUCUGGAAUGAAACCGAUUUCACAGGUCUUUUCAACGUCUCGCAGUGGAACACCACCCUGUACACCGUUAUGUUCAACAGCUCCCUCUGGAAUACCACAUUCUUCGACACAUUGUUCAACGUUACACAGUGGAACACUACAUAUACAGCAUGGUUAUUCAACAUGUCGCUACCAAAUGUCACCGAGUGCAACUGCACAAAACUUAAUUACACUAAAAAAUCAAAAGAUUGCUUUGAGAUGCAGAAACUGGCCAGCUUUAUCCCAGAUAUGGUGCCGCCCACGUGCAAUCCCAACAACACCUAUGCAGCCCUGCAGUGUAGCAGCAAGACCGGCUACUGCUACUGCUCAUACCUUAAUGGACGUGUCAUCCCAGAGACCGUCACACCCAUCAUUGAAGGAACUCCUUCCUGCUGGCAGUAUUCAACAGUUAAUAUUACCAAUAUGACCAUGACAGAGAAGAAGAUUGCCAACUUGACAAAAGAGAACUGGAAGCUGGCCAAUAGAGGAGUCGUGUGGAACAUGACCCUCAACUACUUGCACCAGAUUGACACAUCCGUCAAGUCAAUACUAAACCAGACUUGCUUCAUUGGCAAUAUGUCAAUUGCAUCUGGAUCCAACCUGACGUUCGGAUGCCGUGUAUGCAAUUGUUCUAGUGGAGUCUGGACUUGCACAUUCAAUGAAACUUGCUUGCGCAAUGAAACAUUCACACCAGGUGUUUGCCAGGUGAACAGGACCACUAUUCUGCUUGAGAAAGGCAUCACCACUGUUGACUGUAACGUCUGUAUCUGUGCUCGCAACAACUCCCUGGCUUGUACCAAGAUGAUGUGUCCAGCUAAGAACAACACUGAAAAAUCUCUCCCAAAGCUUUGCUUUGACCGCAUUUCUAAAAAGUUCUAUGAGGAGAAUGUUGUCCUUCGAAAACGUUGCAAUGUUUGUGUGUGCAGCCAAGGAAACUGGGACUGUACCAAUGAGCAUUGUCCCUUUUUGAGAUCAGACAGGGUUUGCGUUGAUAUGUAUGGUCAGAACUACCCUAAUGGUGCUACCAUCCUUAAGGACUGCAAUGCAUGGACUUGUAUUAGUGGAAAGUGGGCAAGUACUCGCCGCUACUGUUCCCCAGUCACCUACCCCAACAGCACCUGUCUGGACACGGUCACUGGCACCACCUUGGCCAAUGGACAAACAAUCCGACGUGGCUGCAAUGUCUGUGUCUGCAACAGUGCUAGCUUAACAUGCUCAUCUGCUGAAUGCCCAACCAAUUCAUCUGGAGUGUGCCUGGAUUAUCUUCAUCGCUACUUGUAUAGCAACACUAGCAACACUGGGAUGUGGUAUAAGCCAGUGUGCAAUGCUACCAAUGGUCUAUUCCAACCAGUACAAUGCUUUAACAAGACGAAGAUGUGUUUCUGUGUUGAUCCAGUUGGACGAUUCCUGCCUAGCACUCUUGUUUUUAACAAGACUCCUAACUGCUCUGCAUACAUCUACAAUGUAACCAGGCCAAAGCCAACAACAGAAGUUAUUGAAGCCCAUCAAUUUCAACCAUCAGAUAUUAAUUGGGUCAAUCGAACUUGCCGCCAGAUGCUGAUGAUCUCGAAAUUGAACCCAAUGCUUUUAAAGCCGAAUUGCCUGCCUGAUGGAUCAUACGGGCCAACUCAGUGUACACAACCAAACUUGUGCUAUUGCGUACAAAGGAACGGAACCUACAUCAACGGAACACUCACCCACAUCUCCAAAGGCCUGCCAAUGUGCUUGGUUUACCGUCAAACUCUAGAAGUUGCCCUCCCUAAAAGUAAACCAGAAACACUAGAAAUUUCCAAAUGCUUGCUGAUGGCCAAGAUAGCAAGAGAGGCUAUGAUGCCCCACGUACCAACUUGUGAUUCCCGUGGUGCAUACACCCCUCUGCAGUGUAAUACCAUCACUGGGCUGUGCUUCUGCGUUGACAUUCAAGGUGCUGCCAUUCCAGGCACCACUGCCUUGAUAGCAGAGAACAUAAGGCCAGAUUGUCUGCAGUACAGAACACAAGAAUGGACUUCAAAGCUAACUCAUCAGAGAGAAUUCAUCACAUCUGACGUAAUCAAUAAUAAGAGAUUCCCAGAAGAAAUGCCACCUUGUGAAAGACAGAGAGAUAUUGCUCGAGAUUUGAAGACGGUGUUCAUGCCAACAUGUGAAUCCAAUGGCACGUACUCUCCGCUCCAGUGCCCAUCGAACACCGACGUGUGCUUCUGCGUUGACAGAACCGGCACAGUUAUCGCUAACACAACCACCAGUCUUAGAAUGUCACCAGAAAUGUGUGAAAUGUAUAGAAAUGUGUCAUUGUCUCCAGUAAGAAAUUUGAAUACCACGGUAUUUAGUACCUUCCCGUAUUUCUGUGAUGAAGACUGCCCGAAGGUCGGUCCACAGUUCAACAUCAGCUUCUCCAAUGAAACUUCUCUUAAUGUCACCAGAAAUUAUUCAUCUUGUUUCCGCCAGUUGGUAACCGCCAGCCUUGUACCAGGUGUAUUCCGUCCAACUUGCCUGAAGAAUGGAUCAUUCUCCCCACUUCAGUGCCAGCCUCAGUCCGGAAUAUGCUACUGUGUCGACACAAAUGGCGUAACCAUCCAAGGAACCGAGAGGAAAGUGUCACAAAAUGGUCUUCCUAAUUGCACUAUGUACUGGAAUACUACUUUGAAGGUCUCAACAAACUACACAACCCUACUUGUCAAAGAGAUGCAGCCAAUGAACGAAAUGGACAUUGAGACGGAGAACAUCACCACGUUGUUCAACCUCACCAGCCUGUUCAACAGCUCCAUCCCCUUCAACAUGUCACUAUGGAAUGCCACACUCUUCAACAUCACAGGCUUCAAUCUAACAAGCACUUAUAUAAGUAAACUGGCCUGGCUUGUGAAGGGCGACUGCUUUGCCUAUCAGAGGUUUGCCAACGGAAUCCCAGGCAUGUUUGUGCCAACCUGCAAUCCUGACAACACCUACUCUGCUCUUCAGUGCAGUAGAGACACAGGAAUCUGUUACUGCUCCCUGAAAAAUGGUAAAGCCAUCUUCACAACAGUCACUCCAAUUAUAGAGGGCACACCGUCUUGCUGGCAGUAUGCAACAGUAAAUGUCACCAACAUGACCCUGGAAGGUUUGGCAAAGGCAAAGAGGGCAAUUGCUAACUGGACCACAACAUUGAACACAAGUAGCUCUAUUGAAAUCAAACCAAAAUCAUAUGAUCCUUUGCACUGUGCUAAAGUUGGAUCCUUCGUUGUGUACUGUUACUGCACACGACCAAGUGGUCUUGAAAUUGAGGGAACACGUCGAUACUUCAGUACCCCAGACUGUAGCAGUUAUCCAGAUAUGUGUGAAGCCCGUGGUAAUUUCUACAAUCCAGGAGAUAAAGUAAUCAAGAAACUAACAGUCACUGGUUGCCAAGCAUGCAUCUGCUCAGCUGGAAGUUGGUCUUGCGAAUACACAAUGAAUUGCGAUGAAGACACACCGGAACCCACUCCAAUGCUAUCCUCCACAGAAUCCAUAAUAGGAAUGCCGGAUACCACGACGGCCCCCGCCAAGAGGCCCACUACCACACUAAAGCCCCACGAGUGUGAGCAUGAAGGUACCGUGUACAAAAGCGGACAGGCCCACUCAUGGGAUUGUAGAACAUGUAUGUGCGUCAGCUACAGAUGGGUGUGCUCAACCAGAAAUUGUGAAACAUCAACUAUUGCACCAACCAACAUACCAUUUUCAUCAACCAUUGGUUACAGAGACUGUACCAUCGGUGAUGAGGUUUUCCCUCACCUCUCAACAUUCAAUCUUGGUUGCACUGAAUGUACGUGUAAUGAUGGUGAAGCCACUUGCUCCUCAGCAAAUUGUCAAUAAAAUGUAAAUGAUUCUGUAUGAAAGAAGAAUUUGUUUGAAAAUAAUAUCUACUUCCAAGCGACUGCUGACCCCUAAUUCACAACGUAGCUGUUAACAUUUUGCAAGUUUCGUUUUCAAGCUUAACUCACCUUUGCGAUAUGAACGAGAAUUGUAGAAAAAUAUUAGUUGUAUGGAUUAGAACUUUACUAUAGAAUUGUCAAAGUUUUUAUGUUCCACUGUUUUUUUAAAAUGUUUAUCAUUAAAUUGUUUCAUUUGCUAAUAAAUGUUACUUUGAAUGUUGUAUUAUACUUUGAAGAUAAUAAACAAAAUGCAUACAUA